AUGUUGAACAAUAACAACCUAGAGGGUGAAAUUCCUUCUUUUUUGCAGAAUUGUUCACUUUUGAGUAUUGAUCUUGGAGGAAAUAGACUAUUUGGAAAGUUACCCUCAUGGAUAGGGGAGACUAUAACUGAAGUUUUGAUGCUACGGUUGCAAUCAAACUCUUUUAGCGAAAUCAUCCCACAACAAUGGUGCAAUCUUCCAUAUCUUCACAUCUUAGAUCUUGUAAACAACAACAUUUCAGGGGUUAUUCCCAACUGUUUACACAAUUUAACUGCAAUGGUUUAUGAUAAUGACAGUAUUUCAUACUCAAACUUUCGCCGCAAUCAUCGAUACAUUUACGUGGAGCGAACAACUUUGGUGGCAAAAGCUAACAGGAAGCAUCCUAAGAAGAUUGGAAACAUUAGAUCGUUAGAAACACUUGAUAUUUCGAACAACAAUCUUUCGGGACCCAUUCCACAAAGCAUCUCAUCUUUAACCUUUUUGAGUCACUUGAAUCUAUCUCACAAUAACUUCUCAGGAAGAAUCUCAUCAGGAAACCAACUCCAAACACUCAAUGAUUCGUCUAUUUAUGCAGAUAAUCCUUUAUUAUGUGGGUUUCUUCUUCCCACUAGGUGCCCGGGCGAUGAAGAUCAUACAUCUAAUUCAUUUUCUUCUAGUAGAGGAGGCUCAAAAGACAAUGUUGCUAAGAAUGAUAAUGAAAUGUUGUGGUUCUAUGUUAGCAUGGGAUCUGGAUUCCUUGUGGGACUUUGUGGUGUUUGCUUCACUUUAUGGAUCAAAGUGUCAUGGAGAAAAGUUUAUUUUCGGUUUGUAGAGAUAGCAUAG